AUGUGGGAACAGGAGGAAUUCGCCAAACACUGGAGGAAGGAGUUCCCCGACGCAGAGGUGCCCCGAAUGGACCUGAGCUCCGUGGACGACAUCGAGUCGGAGCUGGAGUCGUGCAAAGCCAAGCUGAAGAGGCUCCAGAAGGCGCUGGCGGAGGAGAAAUUCAAGGUGAUUUACCUGCAGACCACCGUGGCCCAGCAGAAGAGAGGCGACGCGGAGAGGUUCGCGGGCAAGGACGAGAACUUCAACGCGGAGACCUUCGUCAUCCCCAAGAGCCGCAACGCCAAGACCCCGCUGCGGCGGGACGGCGGCGAGGAGAGCCCCCUCUUCAGGGGGUCCGAGCCCGGAGGCGUCAAGCUCCGAGCGCCGGCCAACGCGCCCGGCUCCUGCGGCCGGGAACGGAGCAGGUUCAUCGGCAAGACCGGUAAGUACGUCCCCAUCCCCGUCCCGCCGCAGAAGCCCCGGAGGGCGGACAAGGCCGCCAACGACAACGACGAGGAGGACAGCGACCGCGAGUACGAGGACGCGGAGCUGAACGACAAUUUCGUCCGGAAUAACUUGUUGACGCCGAAGGGCGCGGGCAAGGACGGCCAGCGGACGCCCAUCACCUGCAGGGACAACCUGCGGCCUUUCCGCCACAGCAGGGACUUGGACUCCGGGGACGACGGCCGGCUGUCCCCGUCCUUCCCGCACGUCCACGGCAGAACGUCCCGGGGCUCGGGCUACAGCACCCCUGACCGGAGGAGCGACGGCUACCUGAGCUCCGACCAUGACGACGACUCCUCUGCAGACUUUAACUAUAACACAGAUGGCUAUGAUGGGGAUGGAGCCGAAGACGGCAAGUCCCAGGAUAGCUCCGAGACGCUGCCCUACAUAGAUGAAUCUCCCACCAUGUCCCCCCAGCUGUGCGUGCCUCAGGGGCCUGACGGCGAGGCGGGCUCCCCCUCGCCUCUAGAGGGAGACAUUGAGAAAGGCCUGGAGAUGAAGAAACUGGUGCUGUCUGGCUUCUUGGCCAGCGAAGAGAUCUACAUCAACCAACUGGAGGCCCUGCUGCUGCCCAUGCGGCCCCUGAAAGCUGCGGCCACAAGCUCCCAGCCCGUCUUGACCAUGCAGCAGAUAGAGACCAUCUUCUACAAGAUCCAGGACAUCUGUGAGAUCCACAAAGAGUUCUACGACACCCUGCUACCCAGCAUCCAGCACUGGGAUGAGAAGGUCACCGUGGGGCAUCUGUUCCAGAAGCUGGCUAGCCAGCUGGGAGUUUACAAGGCCUUCGUGGACAACUACAAGAACGCGCUGGAGACGGCGGAGAAAUGCAGCCAAGCCAACCACCAGUUCCAGAAGAUAUCUGAGACUGUCAAAGUGAAAGGCCCCAAAGACUCCAAAGACUCCACCACCACGAGCUCUAUGGAGGCUCUCCUUUACAAGCCCAUUGACCGUGUAACCAGAAGCACCCUGGUCCUCCAUGACCUGCUGAAGCACACCUCCAAGGACCACCCAGACUUCCCCCUCCUGCAGGACGCUCUGCGCAUUUCUCAGAACUUCCUCUCCUCCAUCAACGAGGAGAUUGACCCUCGCAGGACCGCCGUCACUACACCUAAAGGAGAGACCCGGCAGCUGGUGAAGGAUGGGUUUCUGGUGGAGGUGUCGGAAAGCUCCAGGAAGCUUCGACACGUCUUCCUCUUCACCGACCUGCUUCUCUGUGCCAAGAUGAAGAAGACAGCCGUGGGUCGCCACCAGCAGUACGAGUGCAAGUGGUACAUCCCUCUGGCAGAUUUAACUUUCCAAACCCUGGACGACUCUGACUCCUGUCCGAGCAUUCAAGCCCUGCCCGAGCACGAGAUCGAAGAGAUGAAGAUCAAGAUCUCCGUGUUGAAGAAUGAGAUACAGAAAGAGAAGAAAGCUCCAAAGGGCCAGAGUCGAGUGGAGCGUCUCAGGAAGAAGAUGAAUGAGCAGGAGUCUUGGUUACUCCUGCAUUCCCCCACGAUCCCCUUCCGCAUCCUCAACAAACACGGAAAGAGCUAUCUGUUUCUCCUCUCCUCUGAUUAUGAGAGGUCAGAGUGGAAAGAAAGCAUCCAGAAACUCCAGAAAAAAGAUCUUCAGUCAUGUGUGUUAAGUUCUGUGGAGCUCCAAGUCCUGACCAGCUCCUGUUUCAAACUCCGAACCGUCCACAACAUUCCCGUCACCAGUAACAAAGAUGAUGAGGAGACCCCCGGCCUGUACGGCUUCCUGCAUGUGAUUGUCCAUUCGGCCACAGGAUUCAAGGAGUCAACCAAUUUAUAUUGCACCCUUGAAGUGGACUCGUUUGGUUACUUUGUGAGCAAGGCCAAGACCCGGGUCUUCAGAGACACCGCAGUGCCUCAGUGGAACGAAGAGUUUGAGAUCGAGCUGGAGGGCUCACAGUACCUGCGGAUCCUGUGCUACGAGACGUGUUACGAUAAAAGCAUGCUCAACAAGGACAACAAUGAGAUCGUGGACAAGAUCAUGGGCAAAGGGCAGGUCCAGCUGGACCCACAGACCGUGCAGUCCAAGAACUGGCACAUGGAUGUCAUCGAGAUGAACGGGAUCAAAGUGGAGUUUUCCAUGAAGUUCACGAGCCGGGACCUCAGCUUGAAGAGAACGCCGUCCAAAAAACAGAGCGGGGUGUUUGGAGUGAAGAUCAACGUGGUCACAAAGCGCGAGCGCUCCAAGGUGCCUUACAUCGUCCGUCAGUGCAUUGAGGAAGUGGAGAAGAGGGGGAUCGACGAAGUGGGAAUCUACAGGAUCUCAGGGGUGGCCACGGACAUCCAGGCCCUCAAAUUAGCAUUCGACACAAAUACCAAAGACAUCCUGAUGAUGCUGAGUGACAUGGACAUCAACGCCAUCGCAGGAACGCUCAAGCUGUAUUUCAGGGAGCUGCCGGAGCCUCUUCUCACGGACCGUCUCUACCCGGCCUUCAUGGAGGGCAUAGCUCUCUCAGACCCCGCAGCCAAGGAGAACUGCAUGAUGCACCUUCUGCGCUCUCUGCCCGACCCCAACCUCAUGACCUUCCUCACUCUGCUGGAGCACCUCAAAAGGGUGGCUGAGAAGGAGCCCAUCAACAAGAUGUCCCUCCAUAACCUGGCCACCGUGUUCGGCCCCACCCUGCUCAGGCCCUCGGAGUCAGAAAGCGCCAAGAGCCAGCACAUCACGUGCGCCUCCGACAUCUGGUCACAUGACGUCAUGGCACAGGUCCAGGUGCUGCUCUACUACCUGCAGCAUCCCCCCAUCUCCUUCGCCCAGCUGAAGCAGAACACACUCUACUUCUCCACUGACGUCUAAAGCCGCCGCCGCCCCUGAGGGCUCCACCCGGACACCAGGGGGGCAGAGAGACUCCAUCCAAACCCACUCAGUACUCCUGCCUCAGCCCAGCUCCGCUCCCAGCAGGCAGCUCGUCUCUGCUGUCGCCCCUCACUCCUCCAUCUGAACCCCACCUCCAAUAAUCCUGUGAAGAGAGGAAGCCAAACGCUCGGGGAGGUCCUGAAACACCUCCCAUCAGCAACAUGACCGGCCUCCCUGCAUGGGAGCCCAUUGAGAAACAUCCAGACGGGUGGAGGGGGUCCCCAAAGACCACAGCCUGGUGCAGUGGCACAGGACAAUAGCUCAGUUUUAGUUUCCUGAUCAGAGGCAUUCCAGAAAAACGGCAUUUACGUGUUUUCUAAUAACGUUCCUCAUCUGUUUCUAUUUCCAUUUUGUUUUGUUUUUCUUCCUGGCUUUGUGCGUGUUGGUGUGUGAGUAGGACUGCGGACGUCGUCCACUGGCAGUGUGAGUAUGUGUUAAAGGGACUAAACGAACCUUAGGCGGCUGGGAAGCCAUUCCGAGAAACGGCAAGGAUUGUGUCUCCUCACGAGGCCGAGGACGGUCUUCCCCACUGAGUCUUGGCCAAAUUCGCCCUAUUUAUUUUAAAAAUAUAUAUAUAAUAUUUGUGCCUGUACAGUUUUGUGCAACUAGAGAUGUUCUCUAAGGAGUCUGUUUUUUGAAGUUUAUCCAGGUAGUGAUGUUUUUUGUUUGUUUUUUUUUUUAGUCGGAUUUUCUCGCGCACCACGUCUGUGGUGGUGAACUGUUGUGAAUGGAUCACCAGGAAGUCCGCCGGUUCAUUUCUGCUCACUUUGUAGACAUGCAAGGGCACAUGAGGGUUGAUUGGAGGGUGGGGAGGGUUGAUAAUACAAUAAAUGGAACAGUUGGCUUUUUUUUUUUUUCCUUCUUCUUCUGCUUUCUCUUGCAUUUCAAGCCUGUUCCAAGUGUGUUGCUGCACCAGUGUUAUGUGUAGGAUGAUUUGUGUAGAUGCCCUCGUUGCAUGUUCAGCUUGUCAGUGACAUCAGGCCAGGUAACACAAAGGUCGGUCAUUUCUGCGCGAAUAGACGUCAUUCAAGGAAGAGACAUCAACACAAAUGCCAACCUUUCUGCUAUUACGCCUACAUAUCUUAAGAAAAUGCAAGCACUGCUAGUUGAGUAAUAUUUGAUAUUUUUAAUAUAAGAAUAAAAAGAAAUGAAAAACUGUUGUAUUUUACUUCGGUUGAGAAGAAUUUCAAUAUGCUGUAAUAUUGCGACUAAAUGUCAAUGUGAACUUUUUCCCUCUUUUUUAAGUAAAAUAAAAACUAUUGAAGCACUCA